AUUAACCUUUCAAUGCACUAUCAAAUAAAAACAAUGAUGAAAUUAUUCUCUAUUUUUGUCGUAUUUAUGCAAAUCCAAGUAGCAUUGUCGUCUCAACCAAUUCGGUAUGCUACGGAACCUAAGCCCAUACAAGAACUCUGCAAAUUUAACAUUAAUCCAAGCCUCUGCGUCUCUACUCUCAAUCUUGAUCCUAGAAGCAAGAACUCAAAUUUACGAGAGCUUGCGUGGAUCUCUAUCGAUGCGACUUCAAACAAAGUCAACAAAAUGUUAAACUAUCUCAUCUCCGUCUCUAAGAACAUCAAAGACCGUGAAGACUUAAAGAAGUACAAAACUUGCAUUGAUGACUAUGGCACGGCGGCUCGUAGGUUUUUACCGGCGGCGUUGGAUGAUCUUAAAGCUGGGUUCUUUUCUCUAGCGAAGUCUGAUAUGGAAAGUGUUGUGUCGAUACCCGAUCAUUGUGAGGCGCAAUUCGGUGGGAGUUCACCGUUGACGGGACGUAACAAAGCCACUCAUGAUAUCGCUAAUAUGACUGCUGACAUCAUAAGAUAUCUUUUUGGCAAUAAUUAAUAAGUUUUUAGUCUUGUUCAAAGUACAAUCGAGUAACGCAUAAUGAAGAAUAAGAUAUUUAUUUCCCAUUUUUA